AUGACAAGUUUUACCAAAACUUCAGUUAGUACAAGUCCUGGGCCUGACCCUGGUGCUCUGAUGGGACUAGAACGUGCUAAGGCAUGCUUUGAUCCCCGAGACAUGUAUCAAAUAAUUGAGGGUACGCCAGAAAAAGCCCAUAAAAUUCUUGACCUUUAUCAAUCUUUGGAAAGAGAUCCCAUUUUGGCUCCUUCGUUCAAGGAUUAUGAGCUUUCAAGAGGCGAGAACAGAGAGCAGACAACCUCCAGAAUCGCUCGCAUGACACAAUAUGUAGAGCAAGAACCAUACCCAGACUUUUGGAGAAGACUCAAUCUCAUGACAGCUUAUGACCCUUCAUUGGGUAUAAGAAUCGCCGUGAACUUGGGGCUAUUCAUCAACUGUAUUAAGGGCAAUGGAACGGAUGCUCAAUAUAAGUAUUGGUGCCUUGAAAAAGAGGCAAAAUACAUGAAACAAUUAUGGGGCUGUUUUGGAAUGACCGAACUAGGCCAUGGCUCCAACGCAGCUGGAGUCGAGACUACUGCAACAUUUGAUGCGGAGACUGAUGAGUUUGUCAUCAACACACCUCAUAUUGGUGCUACUAAAUGGUGGAUCGGUGGCGCCGCUCAUUCUGCAACUCAUUCUUCUAUUUAUGCGAGAUUGAUUGUGAAAGGCAAGGAUUGGGGUGUAAAGACCUUUGUGGUACCCUUAAGAGACUCAAAUCAUCAAUUAAUGCCGGGUGUUGCAAUUGGAGAUAUUGGCUCCAAAAUGGGUCGUGAGGGUGUUGACAAUGGCUGGAUUCAAUUCUCGAGCGUCAGAAUUCCACGCGCAUUUAUGUUACAGAAAUACUGUAAGGUAGACAGAGAUGGUACUGUUACACUUCCACCUUUGGAACAGUUGUCCUAUAUCUCUUUGUUGCAAGGCCGUGUUGGAAUGGCCUCUGAUCUGUACAGAAUCUGCGCUAGAUUCAUUACUGUCGCAACAAGAUAUGCAGUUGGUAGAAGACAGUUCAGAGGAGAUGGAGCAAAGAAGGGCGAGGAAACCCAAUUGAUCAACUAUCCUUUGCAUCAGCGUCGUUUAAUGCCAAUCCUAGCCUUAACUUACGUUGCAGCCCUUGCAACUGAUCGAUUAGAACGCCAACACGAAUCUGUGGUCGAAGAAUUGGAGACAGCAGUGAAGUUGAAUGACGAAAAAGCUAUACAUAAGUCAUUGGGAGAUACUAAAUCUUUAUUUGUUGACUCUGCCUCUUUGAAAUCGACCUUGACUUGGUUAGCUGAGCAAAGUAUCACAGAAUCCAGACAAGCCUGUGGUGGUCUGGGAUAUUCGGCAUACUCUGGCUUCGGAAAGUCAUAUGCUGAUUGGGUUGUUCAAUGUACGUGGGAAGGCGACAACAACGUUUUGGGAAUGUCCGCCGGUCGAACUAUAAUGAAGAAUGUCGAAGACGUCUUGAACAAGAACGCCAAAAUAUCGGGAACUUCUCUGUUUUUAUCAAAAGCUCAUGAGUAUCUUGGAGGUGAAUUGGUCCUCCAAACAGAAGCCGAUCUUAACCCAACGACAGUCUUGUGGGCUUUGGAAGCCUUGAUUGUUCGUGUUGCUUUUGAAGCUUCCAAGAAAAGAGAUGAGUCCAGCAGCUGGGACAAUGUCUCUUACGAAAGGGUCUUGUUAUCAAAAUUACGUUGUCACCAGUAUAUGUUGCUGACAUUUAUUGAUGCUAUGGCAAACAUAGGAAAGCCCGAGCUCUUGUACAUCCUUGCAAGGGUUGUGAGAUUGUAUUUCCUUACUCACCUUUUGGAGAACUUUUCCCGCGAAUUUGUCAAUUAUCAAGUUUUGUGUCCCAAGUUGAGUCUUCAAAUCUCUACCCAAUUCAUUGGUGUAAGCUGUCUUCAGGUAAGAGAGCAGGCAAUUACGCUUACAGACUCGUUCCAAAUCCCAGACACAUUGCUUAAUUCGGCCAUCGGCGGAUAUGAUGGUAACUGGUACGAAACCUACUUCAAGGUAGUGAAAACUCAAAACGAUAUCACUGAAACCAAGGCACCAUAUUCUCUGGACUUGGAGGCCAUGUUGAAUAGGCUGUCCUACAACGAAAGAGGAAGACUUGAGAAAUCAGCUGAAUCAAUUGAAAAAUUGAGUCAUUAA